GUCCGUCCCGCAGGAGAUAAAAGCCAUUGGGUGUGUUGUGGGGUCUUAGUGUAGCUAGUGUGAGAGAAAACACGCAAAGAUGGGCUUCCUUUUUCUCUCCACUGAGACAUGGACCUUCCUGCUGGGACUCAUAACACUUAUCUUAGUGUAUUCCUGCUGGAAAUUUGGAACAUUUAAGAAAUUGGGCGUCCCUGGUCCACAACCAAUCCCUUUAUUCGGCACAAUGCUGGCAUAUAGAAAGGGGUUCACUAACUUUGAUGAAGAAUGCUUCAAAAAAUAUGGGAAAACAUGGGGCAUUUUCGAUGGCCGUCAGCCCGUCCUGUGCAUCACAGAUCCUGCCAUGAUAAAAUCUGUUCUAGUAAAGGAGUGUUACUCUUUCUUCACUAACCGCAGAAACUUCCGUCUGAACGGACCACUGUACGAUGCCGUGUCCAUCGCUGAGGACGACCAAUGGAGGAGGAUCCGCAGUGUGCUCUCGCCCUCCUUCACCUCAGGAAGACUGAAAGAGAUGUUUGACAUCAUGAAGCACCACUCUGCGAACCUGAUCAGCAGCAUGAAAAAGAAGUCAGACAAGAAUGAGCCCUUGGAGCUGAAAGAGUUAUUUGGAGCCUACAGUAUGGAUGUAGUAACCAGCACGGCCUUCAGUGUCGACAUCGACUCACUCAACAACCCCUCAGAUCCUUUUGUCACUAACAUCAAGAAGAUGCUGAAGUUUGACUUUUUGGACCCUCUCUUCCUCACUGUUGCUGUCUUCCCCUUUAUGGGUCAUUUUUUUGAGAAGAUGGAGUAUUCCUUUUUCCCUACAUCUGUCACAGACUUUUUUUAUGCUGCACUGCAGAAGAUUAAGUCUAAUCGAGAGCAAACCAAGCAAAAGGGCCGGGUGGAUUUCCUUCAGCUGAUGAUUGACUCACAGAAAAACAAUGAAUCCAGUACAGUGGACCAGGAUAAAGGCUUAAGCGAUCACGAGAUCCUUUCUCAAGCAAUGAUUUUCCUCUUUGCUGGCUACGAAACAAGCAGCAGCUCUCUCUCUUUCUUGGCUUACAAUCUCGCAAGAAACCCUGAUGUGAUGAAGCGGCUGCAGAAGGAGGUCGACUCCACCUUCCCUAACAAGGCUCCUGUUGAGUACCAGGCUAUGAUGCAGAUGGAAUAUCUAGACGGUGUCAUCAACGAGUCUCUCAGAAUCUACCCCAUUGUCACACGUCUGGAGCGCGUGGCCAAGGCGUCUGUGGAGAUAAACGGCGUUGUUAUUCCAAAAGAUAUGGUUGUGAUGGUACCCACUUGGUCACUGCACCGAGACCCUGAGCUGUGGCCCGAGCCCGAGGAGUUCAAACCUGAGAGGUUCAGCAGGGAGAACAAGGAGCGUAUUGAUCCGUACACAUACAUGCCUUUCGGGGCAGGACCAAGGAACUGCAUUGGGAUGCGAUUUGCUCUGGUGAUGAUGAAGCUAGCAGUGGUGGAGAUCCUCCAGAGGUACAGCUUCUCUGUGUGCAAGGAGACUGAGAUCCCCUUAGAGAUGGACACCCAGGUCAUGCUGAUGCCAAAACGAUCAAUCCAACUGAAGCUGGUGCCACGCGCUGAACCCUCAAAUUAAAAAAACCCAAACCAAGAUAAAGGAUAAUCCUUUUAACUAUGAUGCUCUUGAAUACAGAAACAACAUGGUAAUAAUAUAGUUAUGUGUACUUCUUGAUUAGGUUUUAUUUAUCCUUCAUUUAAAUCUCAAGGAAUCAUUGAGGGGAGGCCCUCAUAUUCAACGAUGUCGAGAACACAGAAAAAAAACACAAGGAAAGAGCAAACAACAACAUUUGUUUUUGUUCCUGUAAAGCUUUAAUGGAAUCCUAAACAGAAUUAAUAAUAAAUCAUGUGUAAUGCCUGUGUUAACAAUAAAGGAUAGUUUGGAUUUUUCU